AUGGUCAACGAUCUGACACGCUCGACGUCGCCGUCGUUGGUAAACACCUCGCCGAAAGAGAGAUCGAGUGACGACAUCUCUCUGUCCACUUCCCCACAAUCACAACAACCUCCACGCGAUGAGGAGGCUGCUGUGAUAGCAAAGGAAAAGGAUCAAGGGGACUCGUUCCUUGUAGGAUGGGAUGCAGGAGAAACGGGCAACCCGAUGAAUUGGUCGUCGACUUACAAGGCCUUCAUCACUUUCAUCCUCGGCAUGCUCGCGCUGGCUGCUAGUCUUGGUUCUUCUAUCAUUUCUCCCGCCGAGCAACGGAUCGCAGAGUACACUGGAAUCUCUGGAGAAGUCGCUGUUCUGGUCAUCUCCCUUUACAUCGUCGGCUUCGCUGUAGGUCCUCUGAUCUGGGCUCCUACGUCAGAAGUUUGGGGACGUAAAGUCAGCAUGUUGCCAGCAAUGGUCGGUCUAGGCCUCUUCAGUAUCGGCACUGCUGUUGGCAAGAAUGCUCAGACUAUCAUCAUCUGUCGCUUCUUUUCGGGAGUUUUUGGCUCCGCUCCCGUUUCGAACGUCAGCGCCGCUCUUGGUGAUAUGUACGCCCCGAAGCCUCGAGGUCAAGCGAUGACAUUCUACGCCAUAGCUGUCGUCGGCGGGCCGACAAUCGGACCUGUUAUUGGCAGUGCAUUGACUGUCAACGUUGGCUUCAGGUGGCCCUCUUAUAUCCUUGCGAUCUGGGUCUUCACUAUCGUUGUAUUCGCCUUUUUCUGCCUGCCAGAAACAUACUCUCCUGUUCUUCUGAAGGCCAAGGCCCAGCGUCUACGGAAAGAGACUGACGACUCACGAUGGCACCACCCUCAUGAAGACGUCAAGUUGGACGUUAAGACCGUCGUCACGAAGCACCUUGCGAGGCCCAUCGUCAUGCUUACGACAGAGCCGAUGGUCACUUGCAUCGCCUUCUACGCUUCAUUCGUGUACGGAAUUCUUUACAUGACUCUCGAGGUCUUCCCCAUCGUGUUUGAACAAAACAGAGGUUGGCCUCUUAUCACAAGCACUCUACCAUUCCUCGCACUCUUCGUGGGAGUAUUAUUUGCUGUCCUGAUCAACCUGGCCAACCAGCCGCGCUACGCUCGUGCUGUUGAUGCCAACAAUGGAAGACCCGUACCGGAAGCGAGGUUGUUGCCGAUGAGCAUAGGUGGCGUUCUCUUUACUGUCGGCCUGUUCUGGUUCGGUUGGACCGCUGAUCCAUCCAUACCGUGGCCAUCUUGCGUCGUUGCGGCAGCUUUCAUCGGAGCAGGCUUCAACAUCAUCUUCCAGCAAUGUAUCAACUUCCUGGUUGAUACGUACUCGCUAUAUGCAGCCUCGGCUGUUUCGGCCAACACGUUCUUGCGCAGCUUGAUCGCGGGAGGUCUUCCGCUCGCGGCACGACCGAUGUUUAACCAUCUGGGUGUUGGGCCUGCGAUGAGUAUUCUUGGCGGCAUCGCUGCGUUGGCAUUACCCGUCCCUUUCAUAUUCAUGAAGUUCGGAUUAAAGCUCAGAAAGAUGUCGAAGUUCGCUCCGGUGCACGAAGACUGA